AUGUUCAACAUCUUUGAUAAUGACAAGUCUUAUAUUCCGCGUCAAAAUACUUCUCCUUCUGUUUUUACUUUAGUGAAUUCUAAUACACCUAUGGCUUCUGAAACAAAACUUAAUAUUGAAGAUAUAGCAGAUCUUACUUUAUCUUUGUUUAAUUUUAAUAACACGGAAUUGUAUUGCGAAAAUUUGAAACCACAAUCUAAACCGACAUCAAGUAAAAUUCAUGGAAAUAUGGACUUUGAAUCAUCGAAUAUUAUUGACGAGGUCUUAGGAAUUGAAACUGAUAAUAAUUAG